CGAAACACCCCAGAACGCCCCCGGGACGCUGCCGAUCGUCUCCGCCUGGUAGUUCCCCAGGACCUCCAAGAGGAUAUUCUGCACCACUGUCACGCGGACCUCCAAGGCGCUCACCAGGGCAUCAUCCGGACCUACGAGAGACUGCGUAAAGAAUUUUACUGGAUUGGGAUGUUUAAGGACACGGAGCGAUACGCCAAAGCGUGCGUGGAUUGCAUCACGGGUAAGGGGCUACCCCGGAACCCAGGCUCGUCGCCUGGCAAUUUGCUGGCUACGCGACCGUUUCAAGUCAUCUCGAUGGACUUUGUUAUACCGUUGCCUCAGUCAACCCGGGGAAACACAGCACUACUCCUGUUCCAGUGUGCGUUCUCGGGGUUCAUCAUAUGCAAAGCCAUGGCAAGCACUGAAGCCCAAGAUGUGGCCGAAGCCUACGAAGAAUGCGUGUUCCGGAGAUUCGGAGCCAGCGAAAUGAUCCGCCACGACCGAGACACGAGAUUCAUGGAUCGGGCUAACGGACAGCAGGAGAGGUCAGUGCAGACAGUGAUCCGAAGUGUCAAGGCAUACGUACAGACGGUGGACCAGAGCAACUGGGAUGAGCUAGCGGAAAAGCUCAUCACCGUCGAAGCCAUGAUGGGGGAUUUCCCUCGGGACGUCCAACUCCGAGACGCCCAGGAAUGGCGCAUGAAGAUCCAACGCCAAGUCGAGUACGCUCGAUCCUGGGCCCGGGACCUCCAAGCAAAGGCCAAAAGACGCCGAACCGACGACCAUAACCGGAAUGGAAACAACUGA